AUGAACGACUACGUCCCAACCGGCGGCGUCGAUGACGAGAUUCAUGCGCUUCGAACGCAGCUCACGGCACUGGAGAGCGAUCCCGACAACCUCGACCUCUGGGACAAGCACAUCAACUCCGCCGAGAAGGUCGAAGGCGGCCUGAGCCGCAACUCGAACCCCCAGGCGCUCUCCCUCGCUCGCGAGUCGUUCGAGCGCCUCCUCCACCGCUCUCCUCUCUUCUUUGGCUACUGGAAGAAGUACGCCGAGGAUGAGUUUGUUAUAUCUGGCACCGAGUCAGCCGAGAUGGUCUACGAACGCGGCAUCGCCGCCAACCCCCAUUCUGUCGAUCUCUGGGCCGAGUACUGCCGGUUCAAGAUGGACACGUGCCAUAACCUCGACGUCGUGCGAGAGCACUUUGAGCGUGCAUCCCACGCCGUCGGCAUCGACUUCAUGUCGCACCCUUUCUGGGACAAGUACAUCGAGUUUGAGACGCGCCAGGAGGCCCAUACGCGCGUCUUUGCGCUCCUCGUGCGCAUCUGUCGCAUCCCCCUUCACCAGUACAGCCGCUACUACGAGAAGCUGCGUGCCAUGGCGCACACUCUGCCUCUCACCGAUAUCGCCACCCCAGAGGACCUCACCCGCAUCCAGGCUGAGGUGCAAGCAGAGUCUGCCGCCCAUGGCGUUACUUCGCGACCCGAGCUCGAGGUCGAGCGCGAUGUCCGCGCCAAGAUUGAUGCCAUGUAUUACGACGUGUUCACUGCCACCGCCAACGAGGUCAAUAACCGUUGGACCUACGAGUCGGAGCUGGGACACCAGUACUUUACCACCCUUCCCAUCCAACAUGCGCAGCUGAACGGCUGGCGCAAGUACCUCGACUUUGAGGAGGCCGGCCGUGACUACGAACGCAUCAAGUUUCUCUACGAACGCUGCGUCAACACGUGUGCGCUCUACGACGAGUUUUGGUACCGCUUCGCCCGCUGGAUGUCCACUCAGCCUGGCAAGGAGGAAGAGGUCCGCCAUAUCUACGUGCAGGCCGCGUUCCUUGUGCCAGCUAGCCGUCCAGGCAUCCGUCUGCAGUGGGCUUACUUUGAGGAAAGCAACGGUCGCGUCGACGUUGCGCGUGACAUCCACGCUGGUAUCCUCAAUAAGCUCCCCGACUGCACCGAGGUUAUCAUCUCUUGGGCGCACCUCGAGCGCCGACAGGGUGGCCCCGAUGCCGCCAUUCAGGUGCUCCGUGACCACAUCGAAGCUCCGACUGUCAACUUGUUUACCAAGGCGAUGCUGGUGGCCGAGUGGGCCAUGCUUCUGUGGAAGGCUAAGGGCUCCGCGGAACAGGCCCGCGGUGUCUUCGUUAAGAACGCGCAGUGGUAUGGCGACAGCCGUCUCUUCUGGGAGAAGUGGUUCAAGUUUGAGCUCGAGCAGCCGACCGAGACGGAGGGCGAGGAGACAACAGCCCGACGGGUCAAGCAUGUGUACGACGAGUUCCGCCGCAGGAGCCGCCUGUCGGCGGCCGUCAAGAGAGACUUGGGCAAGAUUUAUCUGGACUUUUUGGUCCAUCGUGGCGGAAAGGAUGCCAUGAAGGAAUUCCUGGAGGUGGACCGCGCCGUUUUCGGCUCCGCAGCUGUGGCCGCUUUGUCGGUCAAUGAACAGAAUGGCGAGGCAGGCGCAGAUUUGGACGAAGAAACCCUGAAGAAGGCCGAGACGCGGCUUUUCUUCUUCUAUGACCACGAGGAACAGAACUCGGCGGCCACCGGCCCGGCCGAUUACGAGUAA